AUGGUCGCCUUCUCGCGCAUCUCUGCCGGCCUGUUGGCCGUGGCCGCCCCUGCUUGGGGCAACGUGGUGCUGGAGAAGAUCCAGGCCGUGCCCAGCAGCUGGUCGCUUGUUGAGGAAGCCGACACCAGCUCGAACAUUACUCUUUCCGUGGCCUUGACGCGUCAGAACCUGGACCAACUCGAGUCCAAGCUGCUGUCCGUCUCCACCCCGGGCCAAAGCACCUACGGCCAGUACCUCGACGCGGACGAAGUCAACGCCCAGUUCCCUCUGGCCGACCACUCGACGGUCAUCUCCUGGCUCACCGAGGCGGGCGUCACCGACAUCUCCCACCAGGGCGGGUUGAUCAGCUUUGCCACCACCGUCGGCACGGCCAACAAGCUGCUCAACACCACCUUCUCGGUCUACGAGAAGGCCGGCACCCAGAAGGUGCGCACCACCCAGUACUCGGUGCCCGACAGCUUGAGCGGGUCGAUCGACCUGAUCGCUCCCACCGUCUUCUUCGGCAAGACGCGCGCCGAGCGCGCCGCCGCCUUCCAGGCCGUCAAGGUGGCCCGACGGUCCAGCAGCGCCAGCCAGUACAUCACCCCGACCUUGCUGAAGCAGCAGUACAACAUUGACUACACCCCCAAGGCUUCGUCCGGCAGCCGCAUCGGUUUCGGAAGUUUCUUGGGCGAGUCCGCCCUGUACUCGGACCUCGACCUGUUCACCGAGCGCUUCGGCAUCCCGCAGCAGAACUUCACCGUGGAGUUGAUCAACGGUGGCGUCAACAACCAAGAGGAAGACGGGGGUGAGGCCGAUCUGGAUGUGCAGAACAUUGUGGGCCUCUCGCAUCCCCUGCCGGUGGUUGAGUUCAUCACUGCUGGAUCUCCUCCCUUCAUCCCUAACGUGGUGGAGACCACGGAUACCAACGAGCCCUACGUGGAGUACUAUGAGUACCUGCUGAACAAGACCAACGACGAGCUGCCGCAGGUUAUCACCAACUCCUACGGUGACGAUGAGGAUACUGUUCCGUAUGCCUAUGCCACGCGCGUCUGCAACCUCAUCGGGCUGAUCGGCCUGCGCGGCAUUUCGGUCCUGGAGUCGUCGGGUGAUUCGGGUGUUGGCGAGGCCUGUCUCUCGAACGACGGCACCGACACCGUUCAAUUCACCCCCGAGUUCCCCGGCACAUGCCCCUACAUCACUGCCGUGGGUGGUACCCAGGACAUCCCCGAGAUCGCCUGGGUGGACAGCAGCGGCGGCUUUAGCAACUACUUCACGCGCCCGUCCUACCAAGCUGACCAGGUCGAGACCUACCUGGACAAGCACAUUUCCGCGGCGGUUAAGGAGUACUACACUCCGUAUGUCAACUUCACCGGGCGCGCAUUCCCGGAUAUUGCCGCCUAUGGUGGUUCACCAUACUAUGAAACCUAUGUGAAUGGUGAACUGGAGCUCAUCGGCGGUACUUCGGGCGCCAGUCCCGUCGUUGCUGCCAUCGUCGCGCUGCUCAACGACGCUCGUCUGCGCGCGGGAAAGAAGUCCUUGGGCUUCCUAAACCCCUGGUUGUACUCUAGUGGAUACAAGAGCUUGAAUGACAUUACCUCGGGUACGGCGGGUGGAUGUGAUGGCAGCUCGGCCGGGACGGGCUACAUCCCGUGGGCCAGCUGGAAUGCCACUGCGGGCUGGGAUCCGGCCACCGGUUUGGGAACUCCUAACUUCGCCAAGCUCAAGGCGGCCGUGUUGGCUUUGUGA